AUGGCUAAUUGCAAAGAAAUUGUUUCUGUUAUACUAACUAUUUUCUUGAUCGAAGAUAUCAUCUUGACAUGUGAAGCUUCGCUAGUGACGAUUGAAAUAAGGAACAAUAUGGGUGACAAAAGUGAUGUUAGUAUUCAUUGCUACGGAAAUGGUCGCGAUUACGGCAGCCAGUUACUUACUGCAUCUGCCCCAUUAUAUGGUUGGAAUUUCGACUCGAAAUUGUUCAAGUCUCCCAAGUAUUACUGCGAUUUUAAGACAAAACACGGAUCCGGGAAUUAUGCAGUGUAUGAUUUCAAAAUGAAUUUUAGAUGUCACGACGCAUGCAAGUGGAUAGCACAAGAGAAUGGACUUUGCCUUCAAGAGAAUGUAGUUAAGCAUAGUUCAUGGUGCCAGAAUUGGAAAAAUCCGGCCUUUAUUGUAGCAUGA